CUCACGUGACCAAACGUCCCGCUUCAGCUCUCCAAUCACGUGCCGAGGGACUGACGUCACCGCCGUCGUCAGGGUCACCCUGCUCCUUCUCCUCCUUCCUCCGCCUCCUCUUAAAGGGCCAUGUCCCUUUUGUCGUCGCUGCUGCUGCGGCUGCCUCAGCGAGGCCUCGUCACGGCCGCCGUGGCCGCUCGACACCGCCUGACGCAAACGAGGCCCCGGCCGGUCAGAAACGGAGGCCUGUGCCGAAGAACGCCCCGCCAAGCGGCAGCGGGAGGAGCCUUCCGGGUUGGCAGCGGCCUCAGCCUAUCAGCCUUUUUCCUUUUCUCUGGGGAAACCGAGAAGGAGGAGGAAGGAGAGGAAGGAAAGGACAAGGCCGACCCUGAGGACGCCAUCAUUCUGCUGCUGAAGAAAGCCAAGCUGAAGAUCAUGAAAGGCGAACUUGAGGAAGCCGAACGCCUCCUGCACGAAGCCUCCUGGCUCUCUCAGCAAUCAAAAAACAACGCGGCCAUUAUCUACACAUAUGACAUGAUGGCAAACUUGGCCUUCCUGAGAGGAGAGCUGGAGAAGGCCGAAAAGCUUUUCAAAGCCACCAUGAGCUACAUGCUAGCCGGGGACGUAAAGCAAGAUGACAAUGCUAUCCUCCAGAUGUCCCUGAAACUGGCCAGCAUCUACGCGGCUCAAAACCAGGACAAACUCGCCCUGGCCGGCUACCAGUUCUGCAUCCUGACCCUGGAGGAGAAGGUCGCUAAGCAGAAGGAGAUGCCCGCGGACACCUUGCCAGAGGAAGAACGGGUCAACACCCACCUUUUAUUGGCCAUGAGUCUGGACUCCUAUGCCCGCUACCUCCUGGCGCAUCAUCAGACGACGCUGGCCCAGACGAUGUACGAACGGGCCCUGAAGAUCGCGAUGGAGGUCAACGGGGAGAAACACCCCCAGACCGUGGUAGUGAUGAACGAUCUGGGCACGGCGCUGGAUGCUCAGGGGCUCUACAACGAAGCCUACGCCCAGGUGAGCAGAGCCGCAGAAUUGGCCCAGCAAACCCAGCACACGGAUACCCACGUGAUCUUGAACAACCUGGCUGGCAUCCUCAUCCAUAAAGGAGAUUAUUCCCAGGCCAGGCAAGUCUACAAAAAAGCCCUUGAAGUGGCUGAGAAAUCUGGCGACGGCGUCGCUGUGCGAUACAUCACGAAGGAACUGGCUCAGCUGGCCAAGCGGAAGCGGACGCGAUCCAAAGGAGAGGACGGCCUGCAGGAGGCGGAGGCGGGCAAGGAGGGGGCCGACGGGCAGAAGGAGUGACCGGCCCGGCUUCCCGCCGUUGGCUUGGAAGAGAAUCCGAAUUGCAAUAGGGUUUCCUUUCCGCUUCCGGGGGCGAUGCGGCGCGGAUCGCGUGGGGCAGCCCUCGAUCUGCGCCCUGCCCACGAGGACGGAGCUUAGAGGAUGCCAGCUGGAGGGCAGAAGGCGAGGACAGCCCCAAUUUGGAGCCCCGGGGCCGAAUAAAGCAGAGAUACCUGCA